GUGUGUGUGUGUGUGUACUGUAUGUGUGUGUGUGUAGGGAGCUGUAGUUACCUCCGCGGAGAGAGUGUCGCUAACCACUGGACUGUAAAGGGAGAAGUAAACGCAGAUCAUCGGGGGGAGGAAACUCAUCCUCGAGAAGUUGAAGAUAUACAUUUCUUUCUGGAUUUCCUCCCCUCCUCGGUCCCUCGGUUGAAGGCGGUGCAGCCGGUCCCGACGCGAGCAGUAUGCAUUCGGACUGCAGGCUGCUAUGGGCAGAGCGGUAAUGGUGGGCAGGGGACCGCCAGGGGCCCGGACCCUCGUCCUGUCGAUGCUCCUCGUUCUCACCGCGGAGAGCUGUCGAGCGCAGCAAGGUGACGGCUGUGGUCCCAGUGUGCUCGGCCCCAGCAGUGGGACUCUGUCCUCUCUGGGUUACCCCAGGACAUACCCCAACAACACGGUGUGUGAGUGGGAGAUCAGCGUCCCGCCCGGCAACAGGAUCCACUUUCGCGUCGCCCAGCUGGACAUAGAAAACGGGGACUGCCAGGUCAACUACCUCAGCCUCUACAACGGCAUUGGACCCGAGAGGAGGGAGAUCGGGAAGUACUGCGGCUUGGGUCUGAAGGGGGUCAAUCUGAACGAGUCCACUGGCAACCAGGUCACUGUCCGGUUCAUGAGUGGGACCCAUCACACUGGGCAUGGAUUCCACCUGUCCUACUCCACCACUGAACACGCAGAUCUAAUCACCUGCCAGGACAAGGGAGCUGAUUUCCCCCAGGCGGAGUUCAGUAAAUACUGCCCUGCCGGCUGCCUGACAUCUGCCCAGGAGAUUUCUGGAACUAUACCAAACGGAUACAGAGAGUCCUCUCCUCUGUGUGUGGCAGCCGUCCAUGCGGGUGUGGUGUCCAACGCGGUGGGAGGGAGGAUCAGUGUGGUCAGCAGCAAAGGCAUCCCUCAUUACGAGGGCACACUGGCCAACAACGUCACUUCCACUGGAGGAACUUUGUCAAACAGCCUCUUCACAUUCAGGACCAAUGGCUGCUACGGGACGCUGGGAUUGGAGUCGGGUGGCGUUGCAGACACUCAGCUCUCUGCGUCGUCUGCGUGGGAGUGGAACUUUGGUCGGCACCGUGAGUGGGCGCCGUCAGGGGCGCGCCUUAAAAAGGCGGGGCCGCCCUGGGUGCCAGCUCAGAGCGACCAGCAGCAGUGGCUGCAGGUUGACUUCAAGAGGGAGAAGAGGAUCACAGGCAUCACCACCACAGGCUCCACCCUGAGAGAGUAUCAGUUCUAUGUCUCAUCGUACCGGGUCCUCUACAGUAACGAUGCCCAGCAGUGGUACAUCUACAGGGAAGCGAACUCCACACAAGACAAGAUUUUCCAAGGGAAUAUCAACUACCUACACGAGGUGAGGAACAACUUCAUUCCUCCAAUCGAGGCCCGGUUCGUGAGGAUAAAUCCCAGCGGAUGGCACCAGAGGAUCGCGCUGAAGGUGGAGCUGGUCGGCUGUCCUGCAGCGAGGCGGUGGACUGAGCCGAAGCCGGACCCGAGGAUGUUGCUGCCGUCUCAUCAUUCUCCGCCGCCUGCCGGCACAAGGCGCCCCCCUCGCCUUGGCCAGACCACACGCACCCCGGACAUAAGAAACACCACUAUGCCUCCCCACACCAGCAAAGACAAGGCGCUCGCAGCAGUUCUGGUUCCGGUGUCGGUCAUGGUUCUGACCGCUCUCGUCCUGACCGGGGUUUGUGCCUGGCACUGGAGGAACAGGAAAAAGAGCUCUGAAGGAACGUAUGAUCUUCCUCACUGGGACCGUACAGACUGGUGGAAGAGCAUGAAGCAGCUGCUGCCAUCCAAAAUGGUGGAGACGGACGAUUCAGUUCGGUACAGCAGCAGCGAGGUGGGCCGGCUAACGGGAAGAGGGGCUGUGCCAAGGCUUCAUGCGGAACCUGCAGAAUAUGCCCAGCCGCUGGUGAGUGGCGUUACAACACUGGGCGCACGUUCGACUUUUAAACCAGACGAGGGGCCUGACCCGGGAUACUCGGAUCCCGACCUGUACGACGCCCCCAUGUCACCGGACGUAUACCACGCCUACGCAGAGCCCCUGCCAGCGUCGGGAUCUGAAUACGCCACACCUAUCGUGGUCGAUAUGGGCUGCCACCCUUCGGGGGGCCCCUCUUUGAACCAGCCCGCCGCUGUGUGCGGCUUCAUGGGUGCCGGGGCGACCUCCCUCCUCGGGCGGACAGACAGUGGCCAGUCGGGGAGGUCGGCGUACGACACGCCGAAGAACGCCACCGGACAGGUCACCGAGGAUCUGACUUAUCAGGUACCUCAGAGUUGCCCUCAGAAGCCGACGGGACAGAGCUGAAGAGUCGGGAUGCACAUGGCCUUAAUCCGCCCCUCGCUGCUCCGCACAGCCCCGGGGGACAAAGACAAAAGAGGGCCGAGGAGCACGAGGAGGCGUGAACCUGUGAGCCCUGGAGCCCGGGCCCGAGUCUUGAAUAAACACUACCUUUAGCUUUAGAUUCAUCUGGAGAUGUCUGUAUUGCCUAAAUGUUUCUGCAUGGCCACGAUCUGCGUGUGUAGUGCCAUUACAGUCCUAUCACUGAAACCACAAAGAUGAAUGUGUUUGUGCCAGGCGCGAGAGUCGGGAGGAGGAAGCUGACUACUAUUUGAUAAAAGACUUUGUCCCUGUUCUGUGAUUGUUAGUAGUUCCUGCAUUCUGUGAAACUGUGAUACCCACUAUUACAUUUCUAUUCUGUUACAUACUAAACCAGGUUCAAAUGUAGUGGUUCUCUUUAUGAAUUAAUUGCGAGUACCCCACGUUCAAGGUCAAAUAAUUCUUCCUCUCUAGAGAAACUCUGUUUUUUUUUUUCAUGGUACGCUUUGUCUUACUUGGUUUAAGAGCAUGACUUGAAAUUGUGUAUAGUUAUAGUGAUUCCAUUAAUGCAAAAUCUGUUAAAACUCUAAAGUGAUUUACUGAUAUUUAUUUUAUUUUUUUUUUAUUUCACAUCCUGCUGAUGAGGAGAGACUUAUUGAAUACUACCCCACCACUACCCUCGCUGAUUACAGAUGGUCACACUGUCGUAGACACCUUACUGACAAUAGAUGUUUUCGCACAUGAACUCUGGAAAAUUGGGUUCCAGUCACUUCUUUCAAAGUUUGGCGAUCGCAUAUGAAGAACGCAGCAGGAGAUCGUGCGAGGGAAAUUUCCGGAACAGUCAGGCGCCGGGGGGGGGGGGCGGAGUCUGUGUCGAGCGCUCAUUCGCUCGCUGCCUAUGGAUAUUUUCCCGCUGUCUUCUCAUGUGGGCCCAGUCAGAAGGGGGGCCGGCAGGAGAAGUGCCAUAAGAUGUGCGGAGCAGUAUUUGCGCUCUCACCUACACAUUCAAUAAAAUGUCUGGACUUCAGUGCAUGUCUGAAAGCAGCUAAUGAGAGUCAGUAGUUUUUAGUUUUUUUUUUUUUAAUAAGUCAGAGAUGUUGUCAGUUAACACGAAGAGGCUGAUCGGGAAAAUGAACUCCCCAGAGAGGAAAUACUUUUGUAUUAUUGGAGACCAAAUGUUGCCUCUUCUGCGUUCAUUCAACCAGAUUCGACUUUGAACAAUCACGCCAUCCGUGCAAUUGUUUGGCCAAAUAAACGUUAAGGCAGUCUUAACCUAGGAAAAAACUACAACUUUGUGAAAGACCCGUUUAGAGGAUGUUCUAGGGAUUAAAAAAAACAAAAGGUACAGAGAGAAGAGGUGGCUGGGUAAAUCUGUUACAACUGAUCAUGCAUAGUUUCCUGUGUGUGUUUGUGUAUUUGUGCAUUAUGCCGAUCGUCUCAUGGUGAAAUGACUUGUUCCUUCUUUGUGAUUAUGUGCAUCGACAUCUGUACGUGUGGUUAAGCUGUUUCCAUAUUUCAGUCCUGCGUGUUUUUGUUUCAUGGACCGCGCGUGUGUGAUGAUGAUGAUGAUGAUGAUGAUGUGGCGGCUUAUAGCUGUUGUUGUAGCAGGAUGUGUCGUGUCGUCGUCUGUAGCACCAGUAGACUGCAUUCCUCUCCUGUCCACCUGUGGUACUGACCCGACCAAACACAACGUGGCAGGAGCGUAGACGGAGGGAACGCGGAACGAGCUGCUCCGUAACUUUACAGAACGACCGGACCUUCCCCACGAAGGGAGAGGUCGUCGUUCACGCAGCUCUGCCGCCCGUCGCGCUCUGAUUACGCUCAGUAAGCGAGGCGGCCGAUCGACCUGCAGAGUCUCGGUGCUCCCUGAGGGGACGUGUUCAUGUGGCUCUCACUGAUUGUAUAUAGAGAAAUAAAGAGUUAUUCAAAAGGAGAAAGAAA